UGAUUAACUACGGCUAAAAGCACUCCACCAUAGCGACCUUUUACUACACUGGGAUGUAGAAGAAAAAAGGGUGAGGUGUUAGUGACGUGUGAGCCUGUCAGUACCUAACAGUAAUGCCCGUAAGGCUGUUAGUACCUGAUGGUAGGGUUUCACGUUAGAGGGGCACUUUAAAUGCGUUUGAUCGAUACCAAGAUCGAAGACUCGUCUAGACCGAACGACACUGUCCUUGGCUUGCUAGGAGUAACGUAUUUUUUCUGAGUUCCUUCCUUACUAAAUCUUACACCUUUUUUUAUCAUCCUACGUUACUGGAUAAUAUCUGAGUGACAAAGGUGAAACUGUUAGCACCAUGGAAUGCUGGGGUUCCGCCCAUGACGUUGUGAACUUUUGAACCCUACGAAAGGUUCCGUCGAAAACAAGUCUCUAGCUAGCCUUGAGGGCGAUUGCACCAGCUGGCUGAAACACUGGAGGUACCAUUGGAACCGGGAAGAGCGUGGUCACAGGAAGGAAAGUCUUCGAUAUGGAAAAUUUCCGGGUGCAAGGAAAACGUCUGUGUCCUUUCCUACUCUUCCUGUGGUGUCUGUGUGAGUUGUGCAGCGCCUUCAACAACACGACAGCCGUCUUCAGCAACAAGACAACUGCCUUCAUCAACACAACAACCACCCUACCGUCAACCACAACGCCAAGCACGACACUCGGCUGUUUUCUGUGCGACGAAAACCAGCGAUGUAUACCAGAUGAGAGAGUGUGUGACGAUUUGGAAGAUUGCGACGACCGAACGGACGAAUUAAACUGCUCGUGUGAAUGGGACCAAUUCCGAUGUGACAAUGGGUUGUGUAUUCCUGACUAUUUAACGUGUGACGGGCGAGACGACUGUGGCGACUGGAGCGACGAACGCGCAUGCGCGUGCACACGUUGGGAGUACGCAUGCGCGAACGGCAGGUGUAUCAGGAAGACUCAGGAAUGCGACGACCGAGACGACUGCGGAGACGCCAGUGACGAGCUGCACUGCGCAUGCCCGAGCCAUAAGCAGAAGUGCGCGACAUACGGGUGUAUUACGUCAGACGAGGAGUGUGACGGACUGUACCAGUGUGAGGACAAGAGUGACGAGGAAAACUGCCUUCCCGAGUUAAGAUGGGACGUGUGGUUGGAGAUCGGUGUGGCCAUCUUCUUCGUGCUGAUUUUCUCCAUCGUGUGUGCGGCGACCCGCUGCUGUAUGGGCCCGCCCAAAUCUCACUCGCCGCGGAGGAGGCAACAGGGGGAAGACCCGGGACUAGAGCUAGCAAACAUCGGUCAAUCCAACCCGUCGUUCGACGACAAUCCUCCGGCUUACGACGCAUGCGUGGUACCUGACACAAUUUGGACUACGUCACAAAGCGGCCUUCCCGGCAACCCUGCCGUCAGCUGCCCAGACAUCGUCAUCGUCCACAACGACAACAUCGAACCAGAAAACACACAAACAAGAUCAACACAGAGCGUAAACAACGUAAACACCACAGGAAACAACAACACAGACUCCGUAUCAGAGACAGUGUCGGUGGCCUCCACAUUACCAGCGUACGACGACUACACCAAGUACCCAACGGCGCCCCCUGACGGAGAGGUGAAGCAUUACAUCACAGAUGGGGCGUCACCCUUGCAGUCAGUAGGUUCGUCUGUACAAAGUGUCAGUUAAGAUUAAGACUUGCUUAGGCUGAACAAUCGUGUUUGUAAAUAAUAUAGUAAAAUGAAUUUAUUUUCAACUAAUGUAAGUAUUCAAUCACAUAAUCAGCAAAUAAUACACAAUGUGUAAGAAAUGUGAAAACGUUAAUUUGUCAAAACCAGUGGAAAUUCAUUGUUUAAGGUGGUUGCAUUUCAUUUCAUUCGACAUUUUUUUACACAUCUAAUUGUUCUUAAGCAUUAGGCCAAAGUAGCCCAAUUCUUUGACAUUAAACUGUCCUCAGAAAAUUGUAGCGAUAUGAAUGUUCAAGCAUGAAAGGUGCGCUUGAGGAGCUAACAAAGCUGUGCGUCAGGGUAACAUAACGUUCUAACAAGUAUCUGUCUAAAUGUUGCAUUAACACUUAAUUUUCACACUAA